AUGGAGCUCUUAGAAGAACGUCUUAGGCGUUACGAAGAUGAAGCAGGCCAAAUUAAUUGUACACCAACAUUAAAAGAUAAAAUUUCAUAUUUACGAAAAAAUAAAGAAAAUGAUGUGUCAAAAGCAAUAAUUAAUAUUGAAGAUUCAAUGAACUUUGAUCUUUGUUUCGUUCUGGACUGUACAAUGUCUAUGUCUCCUUAUAUUGAAGCAGCGAAAGCGCAUAUAUUAAAAGUGGCUAGUUACGUAAACAGCAAUAAUUCAAAUAUCGAAUUCUGGGUUGGUUUCUGUGGUUAUCGUGAUCACUAUAAUCGUAGUGAUCGCUUACAAAUUUUUGAUUUUACUAACUCUCUCGAGAAAUUUCAAACGUAUAUAACCAAUAAAGUGAAGACUAUAGUUAACAAUGAUAAGCCAGAAGAUGUCUUAGGUGGUCUUGAUGCUGCGAUAACUCAGAUGACAUGGAGCAAUGCCACCCGUGUUCUUAUUCAUAUUGGCGAUGCGCCACCACAUGGUCGUCGUUUUACCAACUUGUAUGAUGAAUAUCCAAACGGUGAUCCGAAUGGUCUAACUGCAGAAAGUGUGCUAAUGAAAUGCAGAUCAAAAAAUAUUUUAUACUACUUUGGAAAAAUUAAUGAUUCUACCGAUGUCAUGAUUAAUGUAUUUCGUGAAAUAAUUGGAGAGUUUCCUAAAUUCGAUCUUAUGACUACGGAGCAUAAUCCUGAGGCAUUAGUCAAUAAAUUUUGCAGCGCUACUUCUUCGGCCAUCUUUUCUUCUAUUACACUAACCACAACUUUAAGAAACUCGGCAAGCAUAUACUCUUUGCAACUAAAGAAGCUUCAAAUCAAUCCACACGAACCUGAUUGGGCUACUCAUCCAGAGAAAAUAGGAAAACUUUUAUGUUGUAUUCUACCUAAAACACUUUCUGAA